AUGAAAGUGGCCCAAGUGCUGCGUACCGGCCCAAGUGCUGCGUACGGCCCGAGUGCUGCGUACCGGCCCAAGUGCUGCGUACCGGCCCAAGUGCUGCGUACGGCCCGAGUGCUGCGUACCGGCCCAAGUGCUGCGUACCGGCCCAAGAGCUGCGUACCGGCCCAAGUGCUGCGUACCGGCCCAAGUGCUGCGUACCGGCCCAAGAGCUGCGUGAGGAAGAGGAGGCUGCUGCAGGAGUCAGGUCUGGAGGUGAUGAAGGUGAGGAAGAGGAGGCUGCUGCAGGAGUCAGGUCUGGAGGUGAUGAAGGGGAGGAAGAGGAGGCUGCUGCAGGAGUCAGGUCUGGAGGUGAUGAAGGGGAGGAAGAGGAGGCUGCUGCAGGAGUCAGGUCUGGAGGUGAUGAAGGUGAGGAAGAGGAGGCUGCUGUGGCUCCGGUGA